AUGCCUGGAGACAUGAAAAUGAAAGACGGGUCAAGUGCGUACCUCCAGGGUCUACUCGAUAAAGCCAACAGUGAUUCGUUUGAGGUUUCAGAACCUGACAACAAACCGCUAGAUGAGAAUACAGCAUCGGAUGAAGCCAUAUCAGAUGAUGCACGGCCACAUAUGACGUUUGGUGUAGAGGUGGAAUUCUUUGCAUUCUACGUUGUCAGAGGCGCAUCAGAAAGCCGUGCCGAAUUGUCCCGCAGAUACCCCGGGGUCAUUCAAGUACCAGACAGUGUAGAUGAAGUUAAACGUGCCAAUUAUGCCCUCAGGCGACUUAUAAGGUUCUUUGCACAGAACACUGUCGAUAUCAAUGACUUCAAUGAUAUCAAUGACACCGACUCGAGACCACGACCAGGGCCGCCCACCACAACGCAGUACUCGGCCAACAGUAGCAACCCAGCAUACCACCGUUGGACGCUGGAGUGGGAAGUCUCGUCUUAUCUGACCGCUGAUCAUGUUUUAGAAGAAGGGCUGAUGCCCCUCAACCUCGAACUUGUAUCCCCGGCAAUGACACAUCAUCCAGCUAGUUAUGCCGAAAUCUACCGCGUAGUAGAUCUACUCAGAACAUGUGUGCGUAUCAUUCUCAAUGACACUACCGGACUCCACAUCCAUUGUGGUAUGGGGCCGGAUGCAAUUCCUUUCCGAUUCUUUCGAAGAAUUGCGUUCUUGCUCUGGACCAUGGAUGCGGUCAUCACUCUCGUCCACCCGGCUCAUCGUCAGAACAACGAUUACUGUAUGCGAAAUCGACUCCAUGCACGAGUAAAUGAACCGCCGUGUGACGUUGUUGAUGGCUGUAGAAGAAUAUCAACAUGCCAAAACCAUAGUGAACUGGCGUUGCAGAUGUCGAUGAACCACGCCUGGGGUGGAGCCUAUGACUUUGAAAAUUAUGUGAUAAGUACAGCUUCAGAUACAAUCUUUGAGGGGAAACCAACCAUUGAGUUCAGACAAGCGGCUGGAAGCAGUAACCCAGAAUGGAUAGUACUCUGGGCAUUCUUAUGCGUGCGUAUGUGUGGGUGGGCCGCAACAGACAUGGACCCGGAGGUAUUGGAUUACUUCAUCAGACGGUGCCAAGAUGUCGAGGAUGGUGAAGAGUACCAGACGUCAUCUCUUGACCAUUUCCUCCGGAUGAUAGGAUGCGAAGAAACGUUGAGUUACAUUCGGCGCACAACUCACGAUGAGCGAGCAAACGGCGAAAUGAAUUAG